GUUCGCUGUUCUUCACACAGAUACGAGCCACUGGCCACUAGUCAGCGACGCAUUUUACUGUUUUCUUGGGAAAAGGGAGAAAUUGCUAAAUUUAUUUGAACAUUUUAAAAGAUUUAAGCUGAUAGAGAUUUCAAGGGGAUGUGCUUUUGAUUUGUAGCUCUUCCAGAAAGCCAGGACUGGUUGGUUUAACGGGAACUCUCUGGAUCUUUCUCCUGUAAUUCAGUUUUCAGUUCCCCUUCCUUGUUUCAGCUGGAUGGCCAACUGCAACUCCCGCUCCUGCUCCCCUUCACUCCCAUUUGCACAUUAAUGUUAAAGACAUCGGCCAGAGGCGAAGUUAAUUUGAACGGCAUGUGUAAAGAAGUAUUAAAACCUCAGAUAAAAGAGGUUUUAGGAUUUUCACGACUGGAAUUUUAAGAAAAUCUGAUGUUUCUGACUGGCGUGGGAAAAACAGAAACUAACUUCCGGUCUAAGACCUGGGCAGCUCGUGACGUUCCCCAAGGAGGUCUACUGAAAACGCUAUAGAACACAACCCCCGACUCUGGUGUUUCUGUGUUAGCGUUGUAUUGGAGAACAAUGUGUCAUCAGUCAGAAGUAGCUUCUGAAGCCUCUGCUGGUCGGUCAGAUUUGUUUUUUCUCUGGUGAACGGCAACGAGAACGGAUAUUGGAUUACCGGAGACGUUCAACCGAACUCCGACCCCGCUAGCCGGACAUCACUACUGGAGGUGCAGACAUGCUUUGGACCGUUUGACUCAGAAGAUCCGCAACUCAAUUUGGACAUCGAGGAGGAUUCUGUUCAUCUUCAGAACCAACAUCGAUGACGGAGGGCCGACUGUUCCAGGUCCAGCUGCUGGACGACAGGAAGCUGGAGCUGCUGGUCCAGCCGAAGCUGCUGUCCUACGAGCUGCUGGACUUGGUCUCCUCCCACUUCAACCUCAAAGAGAAGGAGUUCUUUGGACUCGCUUUUUUUGAUGACAACGGUCAGUGUAAGUGGUUGCAGAUGGACCGCAGAGUUCUUGAACACGACUUUUCGAAGAAGCCUGGAGUCGUUUCCCUGAACUUCUUGGUCAGGUUUUAUGUAGAAAACAUAGCUCAGCUAAAGGACAUCAUCACAGUGGAGUUAUUCUACUUGAAUGCAAAAUCAGCCGUCUACAACGGGGUGAUUGAAGUAGAAGCCGAGAACGUCUUCAGAUUAGCUGCAAACGCUUUGCAGGAGGCAAAAGGAGACUACACAAGUGAUGAAAACACUCGAGCAGAUUUGAAGAAGCUUCCAACUCUUCCCACCAGAGUACUCAAGGAGCACCCGUCUCUUGCAUACUGCGAGGAUCGAGUAAUCGAGUAUUACAAACAGCUAAAGGGUACCUCCAGAGGACAGGUGGUUGUGCAGUAUCUGACCUUAGUGGAGUCCCUUCCAACAUAUGGCGUCCAUUAUUACGAGGUUAAGGAUAAACAAGGAAUCCCGUGGUGGCUCGGGAUCAGCUACAAGGGCAUCGGCCAGUACGACCUGCAGGACAAGUUAAAACCUCGAAAGCUGUACCAGUGGAAGCAGCUGGAAAACUUGUACUUCCGUGAGAAAAAGUUUGCUGUGGAAGUUAAUGAUCCACACAGGAGAGCCGUAACCAAGCGAACGUUUGGGCAGACAGGCCUUCUCAUCCACACCUGGUAUGCCAGCCACUCACUGAUCAAGACCAUUUGGGCUAUGGCCAUCAGCCAGCACCAGUUCUACUUGGACAGAAAGCAGAGCAAAGGAAAACCAGCACAAGCUAGAAGCUUGGAGGAGGUUGCGAUGGAGCUCACAGAGCACGGAGGAGCCAAAAUGAGCCGGCCGGGAGAUGUCGGUCUGAAGAAGAACUUCAUAACGGCCAGCAACGGGAGCCUGGUGUCCACGGGUUCUGCGGACUCUGAAAUGAGCGAGGAGCAGAAGAGAGAAAAGCUCUCUGAUCUCAGGAAGAAGGAACAGCAGAUCCAGGAGAUCUUGGCCAAGAAAACAAAAGAGCUGAAGAAGAUUUGCCUCCGGGAGGCGGAGCUAACUGGCAAGCUGCCCAAGGAGUAUCCCCUCUCAUCGGGCGAGAGACCACCGCUGGUCAGACGGCGCGUUGGCACCGCUUUCAAGCUGGACGACCUUUUUCCCUACAACGAGGACCCCUUCCUGAGGAACCUGGAGAGCAGGUUUGCUCUUCAACAGAAGAUCGUUGAAGCGGCUAAAAAGCUCGCAAAUGAGUCAGAACUGUGCAAAACGGUGAAGAAGAAGAGGAGGAGAAACUGUCUGGACGCCAUGCACAAACUCCAGCAGAUAGAGGAUGAGAUGAACCAGUACAGGAUAAAAAAGGCGAAAAAGCCCACGCAGCGCGCCUCAGUGAUCAUCGCAGAUGAACUUGUCCGGUCAGACUGUAGUUCUCUGUCUAGUCUCCCUUUAGACGACGAUGACUCCGACAGCGCAGGUCAAAGGCCGCGGUCACGGUCGGUCCAGGACUCCCCUCAGCUCAGUCCCAUGCGAACUCUAGGAGCAGAAUAUGAUGUGGAAAGACACGGUUCUCCAUUGGGAAAUCAGCACAAGGACCACAGCAGAUUAGCUUAUGAUGGGCUGGAGGCUAGCCAUACCCACCAGAACACAAGAGAACCUUCCUCCACCCACAGCAGUCCCUACAAAACCCUUCCUAGACCUCCUAGAGAUCCACGCAGCACGCCUCCCACCCCGGCCCUGACCCGCAAUGCCUACAGCAGCAGCCAGCUCAGGUUGGAGGGGUCUCCUCGGUGCUUCAGGGCUCGUAGUGGAAGUCUGGAGUCUCAGCCCCAUCUGAGGAAAGACACAGACUCUGAGAAGCCUGUUUUUGUCUUGUCACCAUCCCAUCGCAGUAACAGCACAGAGGUGUUGGAAGACGGCUCCUCCUACACCAGUCAGUCCAGUCUGGAAUACUGCGGGGCCGCCAACUCCCACUACAGUACACUCGACUCUCGUACCUCAACCGUGCAUCGUCUGCACAGGAAAGUGGACGUGUUCAGUAACACCGGAAGCAUGCCCAACUUGGUCCAGCACCACUCGGGAAGUAACUACUCGUGCGAAACCUCAUCACAUUAUGCACCCAGUGCCUACUAUGUCACCGGUUACCCGUGCCCAGACAUGGAGCCUUAUGCGAACGGUGCCUACGUAUAUGAGAAUGACGUUGAAGGCCACUACAAUGUCAACCCCACCUACCAAAUGAAUGGCUAUCACGAGCAUGACAGAUUCAGGCAUUACAGCAGUGAUGGAGCAGAUAGCUUCUCUCAGAAUCCCUAUGCAACGGUGAGGCCACCACGGACAAGGGAGGGGCCAAGAAACAAGCUCCUAGCCAAAAACAUGCAGAAGGCCAUGGUGGCAGAGCAUCUGAGAGGCUGGUACCACCGAAACAAAGGCCAGAGAGAGGGGGGUAGGGGACUGAUGGCCGGAUAUGACUUCGACAGCGGCUCUCAGCUCAGCCUGGGCUACCAGACCAUGCCGGCAGCCUUCAGCCACUCGAGUAGAACAGCGUCUUUUUCCUCAGUGUCAUCGGCAGAAAGUACAGGCAACUGGCGCAGUCAGCUGGCCGUUGGUCUGGCAGAGUUCGAUACGGCCGAUGGACCUCAGUACCUUCACCCCGGAGCUCAAGCAUCUCCAUACAACCGCAGUCCCGCACACAUCAGAGUUUCAUCUGAAAACAAAGAGUCUGAAACAUUGCCUAGAAAGCCUGAAUCAGUAGAUGUGGUCAAUGCUGAGGCCACUAGCGCAGACCAACCAUCAGACUCUGACACUUAAUGGUUUCAGCUUGACAGGAGCUUCAUGAGCAUCCGCUGAAGAGGACCAAGCCAAAGUUUGGUAGAAACGUGCCGUGGCCAGCAGCACACGGGGAACAGAACUGAAACAGACUUCUCUGACAGCUGUCUUUGGAGAUAAUCUGCGUGUGAAAGUGUUUGCAGCAAAGCUCUGAAACAGUGAUGACGCUCCGGAUUGACUUUCCCACGUGCCUUGGAUUGGAUGAAUUGUAGAGGCAGAUGAGAAUGUGUCAAAAUGUUGCACAACUACACUGAAAUUCAAACCUGUCGUGUACUAAAGUCAAGUGAGAGCAGCUUGAGUUUUCACAACUGGCUACUGCCUUAUAAAUAACAGUAGGUUAAAGAAAAAAAAGCAAUCAUUUUUUUGAUUUCAUCAUAAUAAUAGUCUAGAAUAUGAUGGAGAUUGAGGACAAAGCUCCAAUAUGUUCACAAAUGUGACUUUGUGAGUACUGAUUUUAUCAUUAGAGCAGGAUUUUCUACCAUUAAUUCCCAUUUCUCCAUUUCUUUUGACAGGCGGAGUCAGAAUGUGUGUCGAUAUUGUUUCUAGAGCCAUUUGUCUUGUUGGUGCAGUGUGUUUGAAAUGCAUGGUGAGAAAAUCCAUUUUUGCUCAAAAGAGACACUGCCAUGAAACCAUAUCACGAUGUUUGCUUUAUCACACUUUUGUACAGUCAGUGAGUAGCUACAUGACAUGUUGGCAUAAAAUAUUUCCCAUUUGAAACGAGGAGGCGAAUAAAUACAUGUGACACACAGAUGGGUGUUGCCACUUUCUUGCAGCGACGUGCAGUUGGUAAACUAUUUAUCAGGUCACUGUCACCAAGUCUUAACCGAAUAAGUGUCAUGGUCUGGGUCUGCGUCUUCCUUCAUGUGUCUCCUGAUGUUUCUCCAUCCUUCUCCAGAUUCCCUUUGUGUUCUCUUAGCGCCCUCAUGUGUCCUUUGUCUGCGUCUCAGUUAUGUGUCUUCUGUUGUAGCCCUUUAAAAUCAUUCCUCCCAGGUCAUCUCCAGCCUCUUUGUCCCCAGCGCGGUGUGUGUGUAUCAUUCCCCUGCUCAGAGUGUGUGUGUGUGUGUGUGUGUGUGUGUGUGUGUGUGUGUGUGUGUGUGUGUGUGUGUGUGUGUGUGUGUGCGUGUCCUGCCCCAGUUCGGUGUUUGUGUGUGUGUGUGUCCAUUCCCCAGUUCAGUGUAUGUAUGUGUGAGUGCAUUUGUGUGUGAGUCCUUCCCCAUCUCGGCGUGUGUGUGUGUGUGUGUGUGUGUGUGCGUGUCCUUCCCCAUCUCGGCGUUUGUGUGUGUGUGUGUGUGUGUGUGUGUGUGUGUGUGUGUGUGUGUGUGCGUGUCCUGCCCCAGUUCGGUGUUUGUGUGUGUGAGUGCAUUUGUGUGUGAGUUUAUGUGUGUGUGUGUGUGAGUCCUUCCCUCAGUCUUAGGUUUAGUUUUGUGUCUCAGGUUUAUCUGCCCUCCACCGGUUCUGUUUCCCCAUUUAGAUAACUGGUAUCACCUGCCUUCCCUCCAGCCCUCACUCCACACACCUGCUUCCUGUUCUCCCUGUGUAUUUAAGCCCUGUCUUGUCUCUGUUUGGUGUCGGUCCAUUGUUGUAAUUCUGCCAUGUCUUCUCGUGCCUCUAGUAUUUGGAUCUAAGUCUUCUCGUGCUUCUUGUGUAUUUGGAUCUCCAGAUCGUUAUCUGGAUUGUUGGACUUUGGCUCCCAGCCUUUUGGAUUUAUUUUUAUUUUUGGUCAUCCUAAAAUAAAAGGAUUUUUUUUUAUUUAUUCAA